GCUAUAACUGUGAGAUUACUCUUCAGCUGCCAUGGUUUGUUAACUAUAUGGAGGGUAUGUUUAGUCCGAAAGAACAACAAUUACUGGUAUCUAGGAUGUAUAUUAUUAUUAUUGGUUAUAGAAUUAUUAAUCACUUUAUUCAAGAAAGGUGGAAAGGAGUGGAAAUGGUUUUGUCCUAGUGUAUUUAUAUAUCUAAUGACGAUUGUGCCAGCUAUAUGGUUAUUAGAAUUGUAUGAAAUGGAAAAGAGACUAACAGAUCGCAGUGUUAAAUUUGAAAUACGAAUUCCUAUAUUGUUGAACUCUGACGAAUGGAUAAGAACAUUAGAGCAGAUUUUAUUGUUGAUUCUUAUCAUAGGAAGAUGGAUUUUACCAAAAGGCAAAUUAACCCAUGAUCAGCUGUCUCAGUUGUUAUUAGUUUAUAUAGGUACCGCAGCAGAUAUCGUUGAAUUCUUUGAAGCUUUUAAAGAAGAUAAGGUGAGACAUAAUGAGACGCUUUGUAUCAUCAUACUUGGAAUAUGGUCACUAAGUCUAAUUCGAUUUUCAUUGGUGUUGACUGCCUCGAGAUCUCGACAAGACUAUACUGGUUUAGUUCCAAUUGCACCAGACCCUGAAACGGGCUGUUGUUCUGCAGACGUUUAUGGAAUAAUUAUAUCUAUUCUUUUGCAAGACGCACCAUUCCUCGUUCUUAGGAUGUUAUUAAUAUUUAGAUAUAAUGUUCUAAGCUACACCAAUAUGUUCUUUACGUCUAAAAAUACUAUUGUGAUAGUGCUACUUGUUUAUAGAUUGGUAGUGGUUCAAAUCGAAAAACGUGCC